AUGUAUCCACAUCUAGUAUCGAGUGCUCUCUUCCUUUAUGUGCUGAGAUCGCCGUCACUUUGGACAGCCGGAGUCGCAAUAUUGAGCUAUGUGGCCUUCACUCUCUUCAACAACCGGUACAACAAUGGCCUGCUGCAGUUUCCGGGUCCUGCGUUCGCCUCCAUGACCAAUAUAUGGCGUGUUCGCGAUGCCUACAUCAAUGGAGAUAAGCGCCCAUCAUACGUUGCCCUGCACAACAGGUACGGAGACGUAGUUCGUCUUGGACCCAAAUCUCUGUCCUUCGCCUCUCCGGCAGCUGUUGCCGAUAUCUAUCCAGCAGAGAAGAAUAUGGCCAAGUCCAACUGGUAUGUAGCCUUCGAGGCCCACGGCAAAGGGCCCAAGAAGGAGAACAUCUUCUCCACACGCGACAUUCACUGGCAUUCCCGGUACCGGAGUCUCGUCGGGCCUGGAUUUAAGAUGACCAACCUCGCCCCGAAAGAGCAGGAGAUUGAUCAGUUGAUUGUAAAAUUGCUGCAAAAUCUCGAUGCUGCCGCGACCAAAACAACCACCGCUGUAGACUUGCCGCUCAACUUGCAAUAUUUCACUUUUGAUGCUGGUGGUGUCGUGGCUUUCAGUCAGCCCUAUGGUUUCCUCGACAAGAAGAAGGAUUUGGACGGAAUCAUCCAAAACGUCCGGGUGGGAUCAACUCAUUUGAAUCGGAUUGCACAAGCGCCCCUUGGACAGUUCUUGUUUGAUAAAAAUCCCUUGGCUGUGUACUUUGGCUUAAUCGCGCCACCAAUGGCAUUUGCAAAGAAGUAUCUGCCAGUUCAUCGGAUUGAGAAACAACUUUCCGAGCCGGGAAAGAUGGACCAGCAUCAUGACCUGCUCGAUCAAUUUCUCAAGGCCCAUCAGCAAAGUCCGGACGUCGUUUCCAAGAAUGAAGUAGUCGACUUGGGUCUGAUGGUGGUCGUUCCUGCCUCCGAGGCUGUCCGAACCGCAAUCGCAGUCCUUAUAUAUCAAGUCUUGAAAGCUCCUAUCUCUGUUAUUAACACUCUCCGCCGCGAACUCGACUCUGUGAUCCCAACUCCAACAUCAAGUACUUCCGCAGAUCGGUACAGCAUCCCUUCCUGGGAGCUAGUCUCAACCAAACUCCCCUACCUGGACGCCUGCAUCAAAGAAACAUUCCGACUGCAUUCUUCCACUGGCUUCAAUAUGGAACGAGUGGUGCCCGCCGGCGGCGCCAUCAUUGAUGGCAAUGUCGUCCCCGAGGGAACGAUUGUAAGCUGCUCGACCUGGGUUAUUCAUCGCCAUAAGCCCACCUACGGUGAUGAUGUAGAGGUCUACCGGCCAGAGCGCUGGCUUGAGGCGAGUCCUGUACAGCGGGCGGAAAUGGAGCGAUUGCUUUGUCCGUUUGGAUUUGAGGAGAGAAUGUGUCUUGGAAGGGAGAUUGGGCUUUUUGAGGUUUACAAGGUCGGGGCAACACUUUUCAGGGAUUAUGAGUUCACUUUGGAGAGACCCGAUGAAGACAUGAAAAUCACCUGGGGUAACAUCGUCAGUGUUGAUUUUGAUGUUCGGCUGAAGCAUCGUCGGGCGUGA